GGGGUGCAUGGCACAGUAUAAGGUACCUGACCAGCAAAGGAGGAAGCUAGAUCCUAAGGCACAGUGGGGGAUCUUCCUUGGGGUUUCUGAGAGGAGCAAGGCUUGGGUGCUGUGGAGUGUAGCUGACCAGCGUGUGAUGGAGAGCCGUGAUGUGGUUUUCCAUGAGGGGCUGAAUUUUAAGGGGUGGAAGGAGCAUGGUACAAGCCAAAGUGGGACUUCCAUUCAAGACCCUCAUACGGCUUCUAUCUUUGAGGGGGCAUGGGAGGACCCUGGAGAUGAAGGGGAGGAGCAGCAGGAGGAGCCAGAACCAGCUGAUCCUAACCAUGAGGAGUCCCGAGAGACAGAUUCUACCCCUCAGCCAGCCACGCAGGCCGAUGCGCGUGAUGAUCAGCCGGAGCAGCAUGUGCCUUCAACUCCAUCGAGAAGCAGUUGGCAGCAGUUGUUGAACCAGCAGCUGUCCAAGACUCCAAGGACUCCAAUGAAGAGGGUGACUUGGGAGGAGAAGCUGCGGAGGCUGGAAGAAGGAGAGGCAACACCUCUGCGACGCAGUGCUCGAAUUUCCCAGCCACCUGAAAGGUUUUCACCGGGGCACAUUGCACGCAUGCAUGAUCAUCUUGUGUCUGAUUUGGAUGAUUGCAUGCUUGUGGACAUGCAUGGGCAUGAGUAUGCUCUUGAUGUGUGUCUAAUGGGUCAGGUGCAUGAGCCUAGGUCAGUCCAUGAGGCGCUGAACCGUCCCGAAUGGGUUGAGUCUAUGCAUGAGGAGCUUGAGUCUCACAAGGUAAAUGGAUCAUUUGAGCUGGUUGAUCCAGCCGUGGUACCACCUGGUUUGGAGGUCCUCAGGUGUCAAUGGGUUUGGAAAUACAAGCAUAACCCUGAUGGUACCAUUGAGAGGCCUAAGUCCAGAUUGGUGGUGAUGGGAAACACGCAGAAAUUGGGAGUACACUAUGAAGAAGUGUACUCUCCAGUUGGGAAGCAUGCGACCUUGAGAGGUAUGCUUGGAAUUUCAGCUGCUUUGGGGCUUGAUAUCCAUCAUAUGGAUGUCAAGACAGCCUUCCUCCAUGGGGAUUUGGAGGAAGAGCUUUACAUGCGGCAGCCCCCUGGUUUUGAUGAUGGGUCUCACCGAGUGUGUCGCCUCAAAAAGUCCAUUUAUGGGCUAAAGCAAGCCCCACGACAGUGGAACCUAAAAUUUGAUGAGGCUCUCAUGGAUUUUGGGUUUGAGAGAUCUGAGUGUGACCCUGCCUUGUACCACUUUGUGAGAGAUGAGGAGCGGAUCUCCUUAUUCCUUUAUGUGGAUGACCUUUUGCUCCUAUGCUCUAGCAAGGCUUUGCUAGAUCGAGUGAAAGAGUUCUUGUCCUCGCGUUUUCGCAUGAAGGACUUGGGGGAGGUGAAGUACUACUUGGGAAUGCAAAUGGAGCGUGAUGAGAGUGGUAUCUUGAUUCAUCAAGAGAGGUACAUUCUUAACAUGCUUCAGUCCUUUGGUCUCUCAGAGGCCAACCCCGUGCGUACUCCUCUCCCAACAGGCUUUGAUGUGCAUGCCUAUGAGGAUGAACCCUUGCUGCGAGAUGAGCUGGUCAAGCUCUACCAAAGCAUUGUGGGAUCCCUCAUGUAUGCUUGUACUACCACACAGCCACAGAUUGCCUUUGCAGUCUCACAGCUAUCUAAGGUCGCCUCUUGUCCUAAAAUGUUUCACUUGCAGGCCGCUAAGAGAGUGCUGAGGUACCUGAAAGGUGGUGUCAAGUCAGGGAUCUUCUUCCUAACACAGCCCCAGUCUCAGGUCCAGCUAGUUGGCUUCAGUGAUGCUGACUAUGCUGGAGAUUCCGCAAGACGCAGGAGCCAGAGUGGGUAUGUGUUCUGUCUGAAUUGGGCAGCUAUCUCUUGGCAGAGCAAGAGGCAGCCCGUGGUAGCACUCUCUACCACUGAGAGUGAGUAUAUAAGUCUGUGUCAGUGCAUUCAGGAGGGUGUCUGGCUGAGGCGUUUGUUUGGGGAGUUUGGCCAUGAUCAUGCUGGUGGUGUGCUUGUGUUUGUGGAUAAUCAGUCUGCCAUUGCCCUUGCACAGAAUGCAUGCUUGCAUGGCCGCACCAAACACAUGCAGGUCCGGUGGCAUUUCAUUCGGGAGAUGGUAGCUGCGGGUGAGGUGAUUUUGCAGUGGUGCCCCACCAACCGUCAGGCUGCUGAUAUUCUUACCAAGUCUCUUCCAUUUGAGCGUCAUGGUGUGUGCAUGACCUUGCUCGGGAUGCAGCCCCAUGAUGACAGAGUUCCCGCAGCAGAUGCCGGCAUCUUGGUGCUCCUCUCCUUGGCGGACUCCAUGCUCUGGGUGGCCCCAACCCAUGGGCAAGGGGGAGUGGUGUGAAGUCUUUUGCCCUAUGGUGUUGAGCCACACCCAGCACGAGCAAGGGGGAGUGAUAACUGUGUAGUGUUCUGUGGUGUAGUUUGCUCUAGCUGAUUGUGGGCUAUUGGGGUUUGGGCAAAAGAUGUGGGUUGGUUGGCUAGGUUUGAUCUCGUUACCUUUCCAACCCAUACAACCCCAAACCCACUACAACAUCUUUGAUGUUGCAGAUGUGGCACUUGGGAGUGUUAGGGUUUGGUCCAGGGCGAGGGUUGGUGGUGUUUGACAAUCUCAUUCUCGAACUUUUCCAGAUCGAACUGCUUCCCUUCUCGUUUUUACUAGGUGAUUCAUGGCUGCCUAGCCAAAUUACCAGAAUAUCCCCUCACACUGAUUUCGUCAUAAUCGGCGGCUCAGAUCUUGGUUAUGAACGUGCUUUACCAUUCUGGAAAGUAGAGAUUAAGACCUUUCCAACGCGUAUAAGCUCAUUUCUAGAAGUUACUUGAGCUGCACGCAAUGUUCUGUUGAGAUCGUCAAACUUAAUCUCUAAUUAGUUCUCUCCAGAUUUGCAC